CACAAUGUACGACUGAACAUUUGUUUCCAACCGCGCUUCAUGGAUUGUUCUUCUGGAAUGGCGAAACGCGCUGCUUACCCAUUGGAGGGCAUCUCCUCGGCACCGGUGGCCGUGACGCAUGUCCGUUCAUUGACGAUGACAUCUUUGCGCCGCACGCAGGAGCCUCCAGCCAACGGUGGGAGCUCUGGCCGCGAGGCCACACUACGCAGCGUCCGCUCUGAACUCAAGAGCGCUGCGCAGUUCUGCGCCCAACAUCGCCUGGACCAGGUCAGUGGCAAGGUGAGGCCGCGACAAGGCUCUGAUACGCCCCGGAGUCGUGUGCAAGAGAACGUCGAGGAUCCUCAGGGAGCGCGGUCCCCGGAGCAGAAAAACCAGACCAGUGGUGCAGCCACACUGCAGUCCAACGGUGUCCUCUCGGCCUCAAAGUCCCUCCGUGGGCAGAAUCCGCGCUUGCGGAAUGGAACUGGCACCAGGCUUUUCCAGCAGCGUGAACCGUCGAAUGCAGCCGAGAAAGCACGGGGUGCUUCUCCACCAUCAGCCUCUCCGCGAGUGACCGCAGCUCACUCGCCUAAGCGGAAGCCUUCGGCUUCCCUGGUGGUCCAAGUACGUCCAAGAUCUGGAAGUUUCAGCCACGGUGCUGGCGCCCUCAUUUCAACUGGUGCAGGCGCGAUGACUUCGCCGGGUCGUAAGGCCACAGUGAGGCAGACGUCUGCUGGUGCGGCGGUUCGCAAACGCAGUGGACCAACAGUGACCGCUGCCACUCUGGAGAUUCCUGUUCCUUUGGUGGAGGAAGAAUACGCUGCCGGAACCUCUCAAGCUGUGCUCACCGCCGCUUUCGAUGAGAGCAACGCAGUCAUGAGCUUUGAGGAAGCGGAAGAAUGGGCAGUGAGACGGAAGGCCCCUCUUCGGAUGCAAAUCUGGUGGCGGCGAGGUGGCCCCUCAGUGUGCGUGUCCGGCAUGCAUGAAAACCCCAUCACGAGCAUGGCGCUAUGUCAUGGCGUCAGGACUCAAUCAUCCGAGACAACUACCUCCGAUACUGCGAACAGCACAGGUGCUGAAAUGGAAUGGCUUGCCACCAGUGGCCGAAGACAAGUCUUCGUUUGGCGCCUUGAUCGUCUGCAGAAGGCGGUAAAUGAGACAUUGGCGGCUCAGGAGUCCGGCGAGGACCUUGGCCCCUUGCAGGAGUUCGUGCGUGCCAUUACGCCGGAAGGAGUCGUUGCACUUCCGCAGGCGAAAAUGAGCAAAUGCUGCGCUUCAGUGUGGACCUAUGCAGGUCGACAGCCUGUUCCGCCAGAAGGAUCCGUUCAAUGCCGUUCCAGUCCAAGGGGGCAUUGCGUGGUGGCCUCCACACGCGACCCACAAAACUUGGGCCAGGUGGUGGUGUACUUGGUUACCAAGCAGAUGGAGGUGGUGAAGCUGCAGAUCAUGGGUUGGAGUGAUCCUUUGUGCGACUUGGUCAUCGGCGACAUUGUGCCCCCUGCGCCCGACUGCCGCUUGUCCUCUGACCGAGUGGUGGUGUGGUUUUCGGGCGUUGGAGCAAAGCUCUACUCCUUCGAGGUGAGCUGCCGGGAGAAGGAGCAGCCGCGACGACUUGUGUCACAUGUGAACCUCUUGCCAAACAAUCCAGUGAGCUGUUUGAGCGGCAGCGCCAAAGGGUUGUGCCGCUGCUACGUAGGCUGUAAGAUGGCGACAGUGCAGAUUAUGGAGUGGCCAGACGACGCUGUCUCCAAAGCCAAUCAUUUGGGAAAGAUACAAAUCCCAGGUUGCAAGUCCACGGCCUCCACCGGUGGCCUUCUGCAGAUUUCCUGGAUGCCAGAGGAGACCAAUAUCCUUUGCAUCGCUUCCGUGAAGUGCGAUGAUCGGCGAGCAUCCAAGCCUUUGAGCAAUAUUGCAGCGAAGGAGACAAAAGACGCCAUGAAAGAGACUCGAAGGCCCAGUCUCACCAAUGAGCGCGGCAGCCCCAUGACCACUCCUCGAGGGGGAACCGUCCGUCGCAAGCCGCUGAAUGGAGCUGGAGGCUUCACACGACCGGUCUCCUCCCGAGGAGAAUCCAACACAGGAACUCCCGCCACUGUCGAAGGGCGGAAGGAGAGUCGCCGUAUGGUGAGUGGUCCAGCCGCUCGUGGAGGGAAGACCAUUCCCAUGGCGCGAACUUUGAAGCGCAAUCCACGCUUCCCAAACAAGGUGUCCACCCUCGAUGAGGUGAUUCCGACUACCAGUGAGGGAGAGUUGCAGGCCCGGAUCGAACGAGUGCCCUCGCCUGCCACGCAACGGCAUCGCUCGGUGGAGGCAAGCCAUGUGCCAUCGGCGCGCAACAGCCAGGAUGGAACUCCAGUUGUCGAGGAGGAGUGGGCUGCAAAGGUGGCCCGCUACCAGCAGCACCAGACCUGGGCGCCGGCGCCGGGAUCCAGUACGCCGCUGUGGCGCCUCCAAGCCAAUCCGCUUGGACAUACAACAUCCAACUCCAUCAGCUAUGUUGCCGCUGCAAGGACGGUGCAGAAUGCACCAAAUGCAUAUCCCAGUUCUCACAGCGCUACUGCAGCGCCGCAAUCAAUUCAAGGGCUCUCUUCAUGGCCCACAGUUUGGGUGCCACAAGCAGUGCCCGCCACGCCACUGACCCGCCACAGCAUGGGUCAGACACUAAUUUCUGGAGCGGUGAACGCGCCUGUGAACGCGCAGGCAGUGAUCCACCGUGUGCCUGCCGGACCGCAGGCUUUCUUGCAUCGCUGGCCGUUCCCCUGAAUGGCAUCAUUGCUUCACUACAAUUGCCAAGAUCGUGGAUUGAUUUGAAAUUUGAAGACAUUACAAACA